AUGCUUCUAUCUGAUGAUGAUGCCAUGUCUAAUGAUAUAGCAGUGAUCACAGUAUUGGGCAUGGGAGGUCUAGGAAAAACAACCCUUGUUCAAUCCCUUUACAAUGAUAGUGAAGUGCAGAAACAUUUUGAUUUGACAGCUUGGGCAUGGGUGUCGGAUGAUUUUAAUAUUCUGAAGGUCACAAAGAAAAUUGUUGAGUCUCUCACAUCAAAAGAUUGUCAUAUUCUGAAGGUCAUUGUGACUAGCCGACAACAAAAGGUUGCACAGGUCACACAUACAUGUCCUACUUACGAGCUUCAACAUCUUAGUGAUGAAAACUGUUGGCAAAUACUAGCCAGACAUGCAUUUGGGCAUGAAGGUUAUGAUAAAUAUCCAAGUCUAGAAAAAAUGGGUAGGAAAAUUGCAAGAAAAUGCAAUGGCCUACCAUUAGCUGCUAAAACAUUGGGAGGUCUUUUGCGAUCAAAUGUUGAUGCUGCGGAAUGGAAUAGAACUCUGAACAGCAACUUGUGGGCACAUGAUGAUGUUUUACCAGCUUUGCGCAUAAGUUAUUUUCAUCUUCCAGCACAUUUGAAAAGAUGUUCUGCUUAUUGCUCUAUUUUUCCAAAACAAUCUUUGUUGGAUAGGAAGGAAUUGAUUUUGUUAUGA